AUGCCAACUUCAGUACUAGACUCAUCUGAAAAGGAAUUCUACGACGUACAAAACCAAAUCGAGAAAUCUUGUGCCGAUAUAGAAUCAUGGUGGUCUCAACCACGUUGGAGUUCCACAAAGAGAGCAUACACAGCACGGGAUAUCGCCAUCAGACGUGGUUCCUUCCCAUCCGUUGAAUACCAAUCAUCGCUAAUGGCUACCAAAUUAUUCAAGCUAUUACAAAAUCAUUAUAACAACAAUACUGUCUCCAAGACAUUCGGUGCGUUGGAUCCAGUCCAAGUUACUCAAAUGGCUAAAUAUCUUGAUACCAUCUAUGUCUCCGGUUGGCAAUGUUCCUCUACCGCGUCAACAUCUAAUGAACCGGGCCCAGAUUUAGCUGAUUAUCCAAUGGAUACAGUCCCCAAUAAGGUGGAACAUCUCUUCAAAGCUCAAUUGUUCCAUGAUAAGAAACAAUUCCAAGAUAGAGCUCAAUGUUCAUCUCCAAAUGACUUGAAAAAAUUGGGUCCAGCCAUCGAUUAUAUGAGACCAAUUAUAGCUGAUGCUGAUGCAGGUCAUGGUGGUCUUACUGCUGUUUUCAAAUUGACCAAAAUGUUCAUUGAACGUGGUGCUGCAGGUAUUCAUAUCGAAGAUCAAACUUCUACUAAUAAGAAAUGUGGUCACAUGGCUGGAAGAUGUGUCAUCCCGGUGCAAGAACAUAUUAAUAGAUUGACUACCAUUAGAAUGUGUGCUGAUAUCUUGAAUUCGAAUUUAAUCUUAGUCGCUAGAACUGAUUCAGAGGCUGGUACUUUGAUUAGUUCCACCAUUGAUGUUAGAGAUCAUUAUUUCAUUGUUGGUGCUACUAACCCUGACGUUAAAAUCUCCUUUGCUGACGUUAUGAAUGAUGCUAUAAAUAAAGGUUAUGAUUCCAAUCAAUUAGAAACACUGGAAAAGGAAUGGUGUGAAAAGGCUGGUUUGAAAUUAUUCCAUGAAGCUUUCCGCGAUGAAGUUUUAUCUGACAAUAAAUUAUCUAAGCAAGAAAAGGAUGAGAAAAUCAAGAAAUUUAAUGCUCAAGUUGGACCAUUAACUGAAACUUCUCAUAAUGAUGCUCAAGAAUUAGGUAAACAAUUAUUAGGUCAUAAAAUCCAUUUCAAUUGGGAAUUACCUCGUGUUAGAGAAGGUUUAUAUAGAUACAGAGGCGGUACUCAAUGUGCUGUCAUGAGAGCUCGUGCAUUUGCUCCAUAUGCUGAUUUAGUUUGGAUGGAAUCUAAUUAUCCUGAUUAUGAACAAGCAAAGGAAUUUGCUGAAGGUGUUAAGGCUAAAUAUCCAAAUCAAUGGUUAGCUUAUAAUUUAUCUCCAUCUUUCAAUUGGACCAAAGUUAUGUCCCCUGAUGAUCAAAAAACUUUUAUUCAAAGAUUAGGUGAUUUAGGUUACAUUUGGCAAUUUAUCACUUUAGCGGGUCUACAUACUACAGCAUUAGCUUCUCAUAACUUCACAAGAGAUUUUGCUGAAUAUGGCAUGAUGGCUUAUGCUCAAAAUGUUCAACAAAAGGAAAUGGAUAAUGGUGUUGACGUAUUAAAACAUCAGAAAUGGUCCGGUGCUGAAUAUAUUGAUGGUUUAUUGAAAUUGGCUCAAGGUGGUGUCAGUGCUACCGCUGCUAUGGGUAAAGGUGUUACAGAAGAUCAAUUCAAGGAAGUGAGUAAAUUAUAA